AUGAAACAAAAUUGUGAUAAAAUGUUCCCAAAAGCUAGACUUGUUGCUCGUGGUUUUGAAGAGAGUAAUUUAGAAAAUAUUGAAAAAGAAUCACCAACAUGUUGUAAAGACUCAUUGCGAACUGUCAUAGCUAUUGUGCAACAAAAACGAUGGCAAUUAAAGUGUAUUGACAUUAAAACUGCAUUUCUACAAGGGGAGGAGCUGAAGCGAAAUGUGUAUCUUAUGCCACCUAAAGAAACAAAUUGUAAAGAGGGAAUUAUAUGGAAAUUAAGAAAAUGUGUAUAUGGACUGACUAAUGCUUCACUGAAAUGGUACGACAGAGUUCGAAAUUUUAUGUUGGAAAAUGGAUGCAAGACUACUCUUGCAGAUCCUGCCCGUAAGACUGAUCUUGACGCAAGACUAACUCAUCUUGAAAGUGAAGCCCUUCAGUCCAAAAUAAGUCAACUGUUGUGGAUCAGUACUCAAUCACGGCCUGAUAUCUCAUUCGAUACUUGUAUAUUGGCCACAAAUUUCAAAUCUGCAACUGUGAAAGAUCUCCUCAGAGUUAACAAAGUGAUUAGUAAACUAAAAUCAAAUUCAGUGGAUUUGAACUUCUGUAAUUUGGGCUCUGACAAGGAUCUGAAACUUGUCUGUUUCGUCGAUGCAUCCUUUGGUAAUUUGACUGAUGGUGGUAGCCAAGCUGCAAGCCUCAUAUUUCUUGUAGGAGAACAUCAAAGAUGCAAUCUCAUCAGCUGGCAAAGCAAACGGAUAAAAAGAGUUGUUAAAAGUUCUUUGGCUGCGGAAACACUUGCUAUGUCGGCUGGCGUAGAUAUGGCAAGCUUUGUUAGCUCAUUGUAUACAGAAAUCAUGCAUAGAGCUAUCAAUCUUGAAAAACUGCCCAUCGAAAUUGUAACUGAUAAUCGCUCUCUUCACGAUGCUAUAAAGUCUAUCAAGCAAGUACAAGAUAGACGACUGAGAAUAGAAGUAGCAAUGUUGAAAGAGAUGAUGUCCAACAAAGAGAUUACCAGAAUCCGAUGGUGUAACAGCGAACAACCGCUUGCAGAUAACUUGACUAAAAAAGGUUCAUCAUCGUCAAGUUUGCUGGACAUUAUACAAUGCAAUGAACUUAAAAACCAUGUUAAGUUUAUCUGCCCUCAAGGCAGAUACACAUAUACAGGUCCUUAUCCAGGCCUGUCAUAAACUAGAAUGAACCAUCACGCCAAAGUAACACCCUCACACGCACACAUGUAAACAAGUAAUAAUUACUCAAUAACAACAAGUAAUGGCACAA